UUCGUAUCUAUAGUUUUGUAUAUAAAUAACAAAAUGGCGAGUGUUUUGCUUUCACAGUCACAGCAUUCGCAGGCUGAAACUUUGAAGAGUCGUAACAAACAAAAUAAAAUUGUGAAAAAAAUAAAUAAACUAAAAAUUCUUUUGACUGUUCGCGAAAAUCUAUCUUUAUCGGAUGAAGCAACACGGAUUCUUGUUGUUAAAAAUGGAGGCUUGGCAAAUAAUGUCAAUCAAGAGGAUCUACUGCCAUUGUUUCAGCAGUAUGGAGAAGUGCAAGAAAUUGUUAUGCUACCAAGGAAACAGUAUAGCUUUGUUUCAUACAGUCUAGAGAGGGAUGCUGAACAAGCGUUCAAGAAAUUAAAUGGCUUUCUCCUUCGCCAGUGCAAAGAUCCAACUCAGAAUGUUGUGUUGUAUUUGUUUUUUGUGAAAGAAGCCCCUCCCUCGGCACUAGCGUCCAGUGAAAUGCCAGGAGGGCUUCAUAUCAUUGAGAAUUUUGUUUCUGAGGAAAUGGAGCUCUCCUUACUUCAACUUGCCAACUUGGAGGAACAGACAGAGAACCUUGGUAUGAUGAAACAUCGCCAGGUCAAACAUUUUGGCUAUGAAUUUAAAUACGACAUCAAUGAUGUGGACGUGAAUGACCCCUUACCUCUUGGCAUACCCGAUGUUUGCCACAACUUUCUCAAUAAAGCAUUGGACCUUGGACUUGUGCGCUAUUUUCCAGAUCAGCUAACUGUGAACCAGUACAAAGCAGGACAAGGUAUACCUCCACAUGUGGACACUGUUGAAGCGUUUGAGGAUGGUAUUAUGUCAUUGAGUCUGGGUUCACAGGUUGUCAUGGACUUUAGGCAUCCUGAUGGGAGACAUCUAAAAGUAAUUUUGCCUCGCCGAAGUCUGCUAGUCAUGACCGGUGACUCUAGGUAUGUUUGGUCACAUGGUAUCACACCGAGGAAGUCUGAUAUUGUUUCAAAUCCAAAUGGCCAGGGGCUGACGCUUCUUAACAGGGGUACGAGGACGUCCUUCACUUUUAGGAAAGUCAUUAGAGAAAGAGGGAAAAACAAUGCUGAGAGCGUUGUCAGCGAUUCUGGUGAGACCUUACCACACAGUUCACCGCACAGCUCACCACACAGCGACUGUGAGGCUCUGGAACUGGAGGAGAAACAUGUUCAUAAGGUGUAUGAAGAUAUAGCCGAACACUUCAGUGGGACUAGAUACAAAGCCUGGCCUAAAGUUGUAGAUUUUUUGAUGGAGCAGCCUCCCUUGUCGCUAAUGGCAGACGUAGGCUGUGGCAAUGGGAAAUGUUUAGGUGUUGCUAAGCAACUAUUUGAGAUUGGUAGUGACUACAGUAGUAACCUGGCCAACAUUUGUAGAAGUCGUGGUUUUGAAACUUGUGUUGCUGAUGUGACCUGUCUCCCUUUCAGAUCCAAUAGUUUUGAUAUUGUGUUGUGCAUAGCUGUCAUACACCACAUGGCAACGCAGGCCAGACGCUUAAAAGCAGUAACUGAGAUCAUACGUAUACUCAGAGAAAGGGGUAAAGCUUUACUCUACGUUUGGGCGAUGGAGCAAGAACUUAACAAGAAACAAUCAAAGUACAUUAACUCUAAGCGACAAGAAAAGUUCUCUGGCAGGAAGUGCACUGGCAAGACUACAGAUGACACUUGUAACUCCAAGACAAAUACAGAAACUACACCUGCAGAAUUACAGUCAGGUGUAACUUGUCAAGACAAUCUAAGUACCGGUAGAAUUGAUAUUCCCGACUCUCAAACUGCUCCCAGUGAUAGAACUUGCAAUCACUUUGCUCCUACAGAGACACUUCCUGUUCACCAGAAUAGAACACAGUUUCAAGAACAAAACAUGUUGGUCCCCUGGCAACUGAAAACAAAAGCGAACAGUGUGCCGGGGACGAAUGAAUCGGCCAAUGUAUUUCACAGAUACUAUCAUGUAUUUAAAGAAGGAGAACUCGAGUCACUGUGUCGACAAGUUCCCCAGUGCUCCGUUAACAGAAGCUAUUAUGACCAAGGAAACUGGUGCGUGGUUUUAGAAAAAAAGUAAAAAAGUUUGUUUCAUGUUAGAACAUUGACAUAGAAUAAAAACAUUAAAUCCUUUAUACAACAAAAUGUUUUUAAUUUUGAGAGUAACACUUCCGUAUGUCCUAUUCAGUGUUUAAGACUUUGUAUGGAGUUGGCUGACCCGGAGAUGAGUCUUCAAAUCUCAUCUCAGUACAAAGAUUGUAUUUACCAAGACAUCCUGUUUUUUUAACCCUUUAAUCCCUAUUGCAAUAUAUUGCUGU